AUGUCUUCUCUCGCUGUCGAUAUUCCGACCAAUCCGAUCGAUGAAGAAAGCGCUUUCCUUUCUCGUGCCGCCAGUUACAACAACCUUUCAGAUAUUCCGGUUACUGAACCUGGGUCCCCCGGCUUGCGGAGAACCUUUUCCGACCUGACAUUCCCAAAUAAUGAUUCAGCCUCGCCGUCGAAGGAGGAUGUGGCUGCGGGGAAGGACAUUCUGCGACGGACCUCUUUACGCCGCAACAAGGAAAAGUCGGCCGUGGCCGUCUCUCGAUUCACCCUGUCCGCUGAGGAUCUGAACGACACCGCUACUUCCGAAUCCUCCGGAGCGUCCGCGAAACCUCCUGUCAAGUAUCCAGAGACAAAAGCCCCAGAGCCCGUCGCUCGUCCCUCCAAGACCCGUUCCAUGUCCGGCAGACUGGUUAACCUAGCUCGAAAACCCUGGGGCUCCUCAGGCUCCCAGUCUCGAUCCCCUUCGCCGUCUCCUAAGCCCUCCAAGAACCGAAAUUCUCGCUCAGACGAUCAGACACCGUCGAAAUCGCAGGGUUCACCAUCCAAAUCCAACUCUCGACUUGAAUCAGUGAAGGAAACCGACCCUGUCAUGCCUUCUCGCAAACGCACCAUUCUGAGCAAACGCCCCAGGCGUCCGAUGGUUGCAGUCGUAACUCAAAGCCAAGACGACAGUCCGAGCUCUAGUUCAUCCCCCCAUUCGUUACGGGCGAAGAAUUCCUUGGAAAGACUUGCCGCAUCUCUCCAUGUGACUACCCCGAUCCUCCCUCCCAUGCCCAAAGGGGCGGCUGUUACCGCUGGAAACUUCUCUGGAAAUGUUGACCUUCCGCGAAAGAAGGAUGAGCUAUGGGGCGUGUUCCGUGGACUCGAAGCUGAUUACCAGAAAUUCCAUUCCAAGUCGAGUGCUCUAAAAGCAAAUGUCAUUCGUUCUUCACUGCUGCCCUUCUUAAGUCGCAACCAAUCAAGUGCCUCCUACAAGUCUCUGAGAGCUGAAGACCUCGACCGCCGCGUAAAUAUUCUCAACAAGUGGUGGACUGGGUUACUGGAGAUGCUCAAUGGCAAGAACAAUCAAUCCAUUUCGGGUACUGACCGUCCAGUCUACCUCGAGGCGGUUGUCGGCAUCAUGAUGCGGCCGGAAUGGAGAAUUCCCUUCCCCAUGCCCCCCAACAGGGAUGAGCCGCCCAAUUCACUCCACCAUGCUUCGACUUCGAUAUCGGAGAGCUCUGACUCCUCAGGCUCGGAUUUCCUGAUCGAGUCAAUCCAUCACAACAUCAGGAAUAUCUUCGUACAGAAUUUGCUGUCUCAGAUGGCCUUCGUGGUGGAGAGAAUGUCAAUGAGGCAUGCACCUGCUAGCUUGGUGGCAUUUUGCGGAAAGGCCUGCGCAUACGCCUUCUUCUUCUGCCCUGGCGUCGCAGAUAUUCUAGUGCGCUUAUGGAACACCCCUGCGAAUAUCUUCCGACGGAUCCUUGCCGAUGCUGGCGUAGAACGAUGCAGGAACAUUCGUGCUUUCACCCACGAUCUCGGGUUAAACUUUCCCAGCGCGCUCCGGACGCUAUGCUUUCAUUCCCACACACCUCUCGUUCGAUAUCUUCGGCAAAAACCCGAUGUGCCUUUGAGUACAGCUCAGAUACAAUGGCAAAGCCCUUGGGUUUCGAGGUGGUGUGGUCGAGACACAGAUCUUUUCUUUGUCUUUGUCAAGUAUAUUCACAUCCUCUAUGCAGAUGCUCUGCCGACAGAUAUAGAGAAACCAAAACGUAUCCUGGCCCCGGGUCUGCUGCCAAUUCACGCUCAGGUGCUUGUAGUCAUGGAGGACACUCUCUACAAACAAUCAAGUCCACAGAUGCCUGAGAGUACACACACCGCCGCAGCCAUCACUUUUGAUGACUUCAUUGAGGGUGCCGAUGCAACAGUUUCUGCUCUUCCUUUAGGCUCUGCUAACAGCCACCGCUCGAUGGCUGAGAAUCGCCUGAUCAUUCUUCUGCGUGAUUUCUUGUCUGAAUCUUCCCUCGAGCCUCAACGCGCGCGGUUACUAUACGCGGAGUCCUUCUGCAACAUCAUGAAGACUGCUGCUCAGAAGACUUCUUUAUUUGACCACAAUGCAUGCUUUUUGCUAUGCGACUUCGUCGAGGAGGUCCUUCCCAUCCUCACACGCUACUCUCAAGCUGUGGAUAUGGAAUUAUUUGACUGGAAGUUUUGGCUUUCGGCUUGCCGCCAAAUGAUGCGGAGCCACAAUUCUCUGACCGAAGUGAGAGUAUUCUCCUUUCUCUUUUGCGUUUGGGGCACGUGGAUCACUUCCGAGGAAAGAAAAGCCGACCUCUGCUUGGACUUUCUGCUCGAUGAAUCCUUGUUCUAUCACUAUUUCAGUCACUGGAGCCCGAUGGUGCGCGCAUACUUUCAGCGUCUCCUAUGUUGGAGGCUGUGUAGGUUUAAUGGGGAGCCAUCGCCGCUCGACUCCACAAUAUACGAGGCGCUCUGGAAUCGGUUACAACGGGUUUGGUCUUACUAUCGCGACUUUCAAGCAAACGCUGAAAAGGAACUUAAAGCCCCUCUAUCGUCUGCGCCAUGUUCGCCAGCGCCGGGGCGCCGGAUCAUCAUUAUACGGUGUGAUAACCACAUUACGCCACCGAGUCUCUUCGUCUCCUUCGACCGCGUCGUGCCGCCCGCUCCAACCGAACUGACGGCAGGCUCCAAGGGCGACGAUUUCUCCGAGUCUCAGGCACCUCCGAAGAGAAGGUGGAAUCUUUUGAAGGCGAUGUUUGGCAGUUCCAGCAUCAGAAAUAAUGACGAUGCAUCGCCUCCGAGCACUAGUUCGGAAGAUUCGGAUUCAAGGAGCCACGAUACCAUGAACAGUACAGAGAAGAACUCGGACGACCAUUUGCGACCGCAGAGUGGCACUGGAGAGAGUAGCCGACCGAAGACGCCACAUCAGCCAUAUUCUUUCAGGUUCUCGCUGGAAUGGAUGGACAGGCCGCAAUGGCCGAGCAAGAAUAAGCGUCUCUACAGCCCUUGCCUUCCUGUAGGAGCGCAGCUGCACUUGCAGCUCCGAGGAUACUUGGACAAACCGGUUGAUGACGCGUCGGAAUAUGCCUCUGCAAUUGAUUUGGAUGAACGCGCCAAGACUGACUGUCGUCUUGAGGAUGCAGCGUCAGACAAAGAGACACAGGGGCCAGCACAGGAUGCUGCGGCCGGCGAGAAGACCCUUGACCCAAGAAAUACUCAGUGCCUUGCGAAGGACGGGGUCGUUGCCAGCAAGUAUGCAGGCCGAGCCCUCGCCGAAUGGGCACAAAUUGUCACCGAGUGUGACAGUUUCUUUGCCAGAAGACGCGACGAGGGUGUCCCUUGCGACCGGAUGGUGGAGACUCCAAUGCUGGGCGUUGAAGGCUUCCGCAAGUGA